CUAAAACGUGAAGAUGAUCAGCCGACUAAGUGUUGAGUUUACCAACGAUAUCAAGCUUGAGUACGCCAGGGGUGUACAGUGUCAUCGUCGUGAGGAUCAACAGCCCAAGUUCAAAAGCGAUCUAGAUAAGGUCAAUUUCCAGCUCAGGAACACCAUCGUUAGGCUUCAAUUUGACUUUGGCGGACAAGCACAAUACGGCACGGGGUUUUUCAUUAAUCUACCUUCUACCAAAUACGACGUUAUCCUAACAGCAGGCCACAAUCUGGUCAACGAGGAGAAAGUCAAGGUCCAGAAUCUGACCGUUCUUUACCACGGCAAGCGCAAGGAGAAGGUGACUGAAUUCAAGAUCUGUCCCCGGUACGAGGAGUUCCUUGGAAUAAACACUAGGCCACCCACCCACGUCAAUUAUGAUUACGGCGUCAUCUUGCUACCAAAAGACGAGGGCCAGGCAGAUAAGAGGUUGGGCCUAGGAUUGGAUCUUAGCCUCAAUAUUGACCCCUCUUUGCAGGGCCUGAGGGAUGCAUUCGUCAGCGGCUACGGAGAUGGGGUUGGUAGUAUGACUCUUCGAACGUGCUUCAGUCCCCUCAAAGGAUUGGGAAACAAAAUUGAAUACUACCUGGAGUCGAAAGAACAGGGAAUGAGUGGAUCACCUAUCUGGGUGACACACGACGGUCAGAUGACUGUUAUUGGAAUUCAUAAUACGACUCCCGAGAAGAAAGGUGCGAGAGGCGUGGGCACUAGAAUCACGGAAGAAGUGUUCCGCAUGCUCUGCCUUUGGACGCAGUCAGGCUUCCUCGACAAACGAUUUUGCGCUGCCGGCGGGAAAACCAAACCACACAACACAUACUUGUCUUUUCCUCAGAAUGGAGGCUUUGCCAGUGUGUUUCUGGGAUCUUCUUCUGCGGCUGCCGACAAAGAUAACUUGACAUUCGAUAUUAUUCCAGCUUACAUCUUUCCAAAAUGGUCAAACAGGUCUCCUCUUUAUGCUUUCAAAUUCCGCAAGUCGUCUUGUGGUGACAGCAAGAAAUGUUGGGUUGAAUGGCAGCCACUUCAUCAAAAAGCUGUACUGGUUGACACUCUCAAGGAUAUACACUUUGUUAGGCUUAUCCAGCGGCCAAGAAUAAAAGCAGCGAGAUAUUUUGUUCUCAUCCCAGAUAUACCAAAAGAUGGCGGAGAUGGUCAAGAGCUGAGACUAUAUGACAAUGGCCGGGACCAGAAUGAUAUUGACAUUGGUAAGACAGACUUUGAAGGAGUGUCUUUUGGAGAAUUCAAAGAGCGCUGCAUUACCGGAAGUCGAACAUUCAUGAUAGAAUAAACAAACUAGCAUUGUUUUUCUGUUUAUGGAUAGUCAGUUCAUUCCUUUUGAGCAGGGUGGUUCUUUGCCAUUAAGUUCAAGGUUCACUCUCUUUGCAAUGUUUCUUAUAUCAUAAACACGAUGAGUCGGCGUCCUAUCGUUUACAAAUAUCAUAUUCACUUUGUCUCUAAUACAAGCCCUCCAGGCAAUACAUUUUAAUGCUCUGACUUGAGAAAUGCCAGCUUAUAAGGCGUAUAUAACUAUGUUAGAAUCUGUAGUGAUGUUACUUGUGUGCCCUUGCCUGUCAUUCAUGCAGCCUAGUAGCAGGCAAGCAGCG